AUAAAAAGGGAGGAUCCCAUGUUGGAGCUGAUUGGUCUGCAGAAGGCUGAUGGGUCCUGGGACCUCCACAAAUCCCUGACUUCCAUCCUAGGGAAGAAGGAAGAGGAAGUGACCAAAGCAUCACCUGGAAAGCCUGAGUUUUCUUCAGUCUGGGCCACAGUGUUGGCAGUUCUAUGGCUACAUGGACAUAAGGCUGAAUCCAGGGAUGAGUGGCAGUUUGUGGCUACAAAAGCAAUGACCUGGGUCAGAGCUCAGUCAGGGUUUGAUUUGACAGAGUUUUUAGCAGCUGGGAAUUCCUUCCUUGGUCUCCAGGUGAAGCUGUAGAGCUUUAGCAUGCAAGAGUGAUCAACUCCUUAAGUGCUCUCAAUAAUGUCCAGACACUGAAAAAGAAUGAAUAUUUUCAUAUAUUGAAAUACCCAUUUAUCUAUACCUUUGACUUUAAGAUGAUUCUUUAACUUUACAUAUGGAUAAUUAUUGCAUGUCUAAUAUCACAUUUAAUUUUACUUUUAUUCAUUAGCUGAUGCUUUUCUCGGAAUUUACAAUGUUAAUGUUA